GACUGCGGCGACGGCGGCGGGGGGGACGCGCAGUGCGUCGCCUGCCCCCCCAGGAAGUUCAAGGACAGCUGGGGGCAUCACAGCUGCAAGCCCUGCCUGUCCUGCACCCUCAUCAACCGCGUCCAGAAGUCCAACUGCACAGCGACAGCCAACGCUGUCUGCGGGGAAUGCCUGCCGGGGGUGGCUGAGCCCUGGAAGGCUGUAGACCACUACAGUUGGUGGCCCCCAAAGAGGAGGACAGACUGUGCCUCGGGUCAGUCCAGAACAAACCUGGUGAAGGUCGCGGUCCCAACCGUACCGCCGCAGGACACGGCCCUUCUGGCCCUGACCAGCAGCGCCCUGGUCAUCAUCGUACUGGUGCUUCUGGCACUCUCCAUCAUCUACUGCAAGCGGUUUUGGAAGAGCCAGUGCCAGCGAGUCUUCCUGAGGACUCAGAACUUCUCGGGCCAGCGAGCAAUGUUCCCGACGGCGGCGGCGCCUGGCAGAUUCCUGUGCGAGGAGCAGAUGUCUGGUCCCUGCUGCCUGGGUGUGAAGAACCUGAGCCCCUGCUACAGGCAGGCAGAAGGCCCCGUGGAAGCGGUGCAGUUCAUUUCAGACGGGGAAGCCGUGGGCCUCCAGCUCCCCUCUCUCCAGCCAGAGAUGGACUUUUUGCUGGGAGGCUGGGAGCAUCCCGAGGGGGUCGUUGGCUCGGUGGGUGAUGCCCAGAGCCUCGUCACUCAGAUCAGCAGCACGGCGAAGGGUCUGCCGGUGGCAGAGCUGCCCCACUCCUUGGUGCAGUCGCUUGCCUUCCUGCUGGACCCCUCCUUGAACGGCGUGAAGAACUUCAGCCACGUGGCGCUGGAGCUGGGGGUCGCGCCCCAGCUGCUGGGACGGAUAUCUGGAUUUGAGCAGCUCGUCGCCCACUUCGCCUACGCGGGACACGUGGUCACCAUCCCGCUCCUGGCCCAGGCUCUGCAGCGGCUCCAGCGGUUCGAUGCCCUGCUCCUGCUCUGCGACCACUUUGUGCUCAGCCGGGCUCAGGGCCGCCAGCACUAG